UACGUGAACAUGAUCCGUGCACAUAACAAUAACAGAUGUUAAAUUUUCAAUACCGGUUUGACUGCUCGCGUUGAUAUCGAUCCAGUUACCGUUCAAGUUACGUUUAUUGUUAUUAUUACAUAGUUACUAUUGAGUAAACAUUUAAACAAAACUUGUAUCCACCAGUGAAAGUAUAUUAUGGCAACCAGCCCAGUCUUCAUGGCAACUUUCGGGCACAGGAAUACGACUUAAAUCACACAUGACCGGAGGGAAACAGAUAUCUGCUCCCAUCGCAAACACUUCCCGAUUGCACGAGUCUCAGCGGAGCCGUGGUGAAAGUCCUCAUUUGAAGCUGAUUAUCACAAGACUGCACUCACGCACUGCACUGGUUGGGUCUGUCAAUGAGCGAAGAAAAAAAAAUCACAGCGUCCAAAGAGAAAAGACGAUAAACUUGACCGACAGAGAAAUCAAUUACCGGACAGAGCAGCCACUGAUUGAAAAGCAACCAAUACAGCCCAAAAGUACAGAUACACGUUUGAAUAUACAUCUCGACUGCCAUUGAGAAUAGCUGAUAAUUAAUUAAAAUUACAACCUCAAAAACACGGACCGUACUAGUUUAUUAAGUGGAGCGAAAAGAACAUAAAGAGUAACAUGAUUAUCAAGCGGGAAGGAUGCUGAAGAUUGGCUGUGCUUUGGGGCAAUUUAGUAUCGAUUUUGUUGCCUAUUCGAUGCCAGUAGGAUUUUAAUCCACGCUCUGGUUGAACAAAAACCUGUCAAUGUUGCAACAGAGGAGUAAACAACAACCAACUAUCCACAUAAAACAAGAUUCAAAUGCGUUCAUCAUACCUGAGGAAUUGCCCUCCAUUCUUUCUCUAGUCUACUCCAACAUUCCACCAAUACGGAAAGGAACGGAUUCAAGACUUGGGUUCGGUUUCCGACUGGGAGACCAUGCCGAUUUCCAGGUGCAGUUUGAAAUUGGACCACAGCAAAGAACUAGACCUAUAGGUUCAAAUUCAGGCAGCAGCAAACGAAACGUGGAGUCUGAAGACUUCCAACAACUUAAAAGCAAUUCAAGUUACAACUCAGGAAAGUCCUGGCUCCAAGCUUGGUCCAAGGAAACCAAGCAGAAGCAGCAGUUCAACAAGGACAAGCACAGGGACGCAAGCAAACCGGAAAUGCCCGUGUCACCAAUGAUUUCCGAAACGGCCUACAAUCAGCUACAGCAGCUCUUCGACAAAAACAAACCAAAAGACGACACCAUCGGUACUAUUCCGGUGACAGAUCUGGAGGAGGCCCUCAAGCAGAUCCCCUUCAAGCCGAUCCCUACCAGCGCAGCCGAUGCGAUCAACGACGUAGAUCCCAACGCUGUUGUUGCAUUUAAACCGAUGCCACCGACAUCCACCACGAAAAGCGAAAAAUUGUCCCUAGAUUCGUCGGUUAGGAAAACAGUGCGGCGAAGAUCGAAACCCUCCAAUAAUAUCACUAAUCGAGGAAAGGAGAAAAUAUCAGCGGACCUAGCGGAUGUUACGCUAGAGUGAGAUAGGGUGGGCGUGUGCGUGAAGAGAGCGAGAACGUUUUAUCGGGUGAACGGCAUGGGUUUUCGGGCGUAUGAUCUUUUCUACAGAUUUACUUUCGGGAAGGAAGAUGAAAACAUGGGAGCAACACAAGCAAUAACUGUAAAUAUUGGUGUUUAGGAUGUGAUAUCGACUAUUUAUUCUACGAGUACAGAAGGACAUGCAUGGACGUUGACUAUUUAUUUCUGUUAAGUAAAAACAAAACGAAAUAAAGAACUGGUGCA